AUGGGUAGGAAGAUAGAGAUUAAGAGGAUAGAGAACACAACGAGACGUCAAGUGACAUAUUCGAAGAGGAGGAGUAGUUUGAUCAAAAAGGCUAAUGAGAUCUCUGUGUUUUGCGACAUUGAUGUUCUUCUCCUCGCAUUCUCUCAUUCUGGUCGAGUUAACACCUUCUGCAGCCGAGAGAGGAUUGGGGAUGUGCUUGAACGUUAUAUGAAUCUACCAACCACUUCUAGAUAUCCAAUCAAACACUUGGAGGAACAGAUUAAGACGAAGAAAUCAGAGAUAGGGAUCCUACACCACAAACUCAAGGGAUUCGAGCCUGAUGAAGAAAAUGUUUCACUCUCUCAAGUUUUGUCUUUGGAAGAACACUUCAAGAACUCUUUGAAACUAGUCAAGAACAGAAAAAAAUUCUUGAUCGGUAAUCAUUCAUCAUCCCCAUCUACUGAAUUAACAAGUGAGAAUGAUAAUGAUCAGAACAUUGAAGAGGCUGAGACAAUCAUUAGGAGAGGACCUCGUGAUCAUCAACAUGAUCAAUUACAAACUGUUCUGCAAAACAUUGAGGAGAAUCAACUCAUCUAUGAGCUGCAAAACCCUACUUCAAGCCAGAUUGUACUGCAACUUGAUCCUUGGCUUAAUAAUGAUGCUGCUCCACACAGGUGGUCGAGGGCUCGAGACCUAGUCGCACAGGAAGAAGUAACUUUUGCAGGAAAUGAAGUUCAUGGAGUCUCCAACAACAGUACAGACAGCCUCCCCGCAGUCACUACUGGUUUUUCUUCCAAUACUGUUCAGUACUCCAAUUGGUUCACUCCACAAACAAAAAUUAGUAGUAAUUAUGGUCUGAAUAUUAAGGUCAAUCCGAGCGCGGAGAGUACUACUGGUGUGGCACCACCAAUGUCUCACUAUGAUGCAAUCACUACUAAUGAUCAGCUGAACUGGUUUCCAAGCUCUGAUUACAACAAUAUUGCUGCGCCUCUACCUUCAAGCUCCGCGGGUGCCAGGAUCAAUGCAACAGGCAGCUCUGAACCUUGCUUCAUGACUAAUGUUGAUGCUGCAAAUUACAUUCCCACCACAAUCAAUGGCAAUGAAAUCAGUGAAAACAACAAUGGAAGCAAUAUUUCUACCAUUGAUCAAGUGAUUCCAGUAGCAGAAUCAUCUGCGCAGGCUGAGACAAGGAACAACAACAACAUGUGCACUACUGCUGCAGGAAACCAGGCGGCCGUGGAUGGGUUCAGCUGCUGGGACUUGGAUGACUCCAUUUUGCUACAGAAUUUGAACUUCAGGGAUCUUGACAUUAUAUUUGAUUGA